UCGUUCUGAUAGUCGACGAGAAUUCUUAUAUUCGAUAAUAUUUUUGAGAGUCCUAGACAACCAAGAUGGCGGAAACAUCUGCUGGUACAGAAAAGCCCAAAACUACUGACCUUGAAACUCAGGGUAAGACAGAUGAACAGACUGAUAGCAAGACAACAGAGGCCGCAGAUGAAGCCAAUCAUGAUUCAACAACAGAAAAGAACCCAAAGGACACUGACCUUCAACAGGAAAACAAAGAAAACAGCCCUGGACACACAGUUGCUGAGAAAAUUGAUUUAGCGCCAGACUCCAAAGAAAAAAUGAAAACAGUCCCUGUCCCACUGAAACUGGUUCAUAGCCAUUACACAUCGCACUCAAAGUCAACCUUGCCCCACAUUCUGAUGGAGUAUGGCCUUGAAGACAAAGACCACCACCAACCAAAGAAAAAGGAGAAAUUAAAGAAGAAAAAGAGGACAAAGAAAACAGAGAGUGGGGAUGAGACAGAAGAUGAAGACAGGCCAAGAAGGAAAGCAACUGAGAAGAGAUUGGUGGCAAAUCUUGGUGAAACCCAACUUGAUAACGACUACUAUGCCCAAUACAUCGACUUUCUGGAGCAGAAAGUUCAACAGCAAAGACAGAAACAGAAGGAACGGGAUGAGGCAGCAAAAUUGGCCACAUUAAGAGCGCAAGAAGAGAGCGAUAGUGAGCCGGAACCACCGUUGCCGGUAGUGAAAAAGGAGGAGGCAAAACACAGACUAGUGCGCCGUUUGGAGAGAGUGGAGUUGCGUCACGACGAUUCUUUCCUGAAAGACCUCCCAAGGACGGACACUGCUAGGAUUUUGUUGACUCCAACCUUUCGAUCGUGGAUUGUAGUGUUACAAGACAAGAUGAAGCGAGAGGGAAAAUUGAAGACCCAGGCAGACGUGGACAAGUUCUGGAGGGAUAUCAGGCAACCCGACGUGUUUUACCAGUAUUUCAAAGUGCAAAAAACAGAUGCUGGCCUAAAUGCCAAUCUGGACACUAGCAACUACAACAGCAGUGCCAAUGAGGGGUCAGAUGACAAUGACGUGUUUCCCAAGUCUCCCGUCACCCUGCCCGACAUGCCCCCACGCUCCCUCAGUCACAUCUCAGAGGCCUCCAAUAGGGACACUUGGGCCAUCACACAGAAAUACAACAGCAACUAUGGACCGAAAUCACCCAAAUCUCCAAAGGAGAAGAAAAGAAAGGGCUCCACUCAAAUGGCCAAGGAAGCUGCAAUGGACCUGGAAAUCAGAUGUCCCAAGCUUGAGAUGCCCCCAUUGGCAUGUUUCUCUCUGAACCUAGCAGAGAAACCACCAGAUCCGGAUGAGAUUAUACGCAAGGUGGAGUUGAAAGCGCGUCAGAAGAGUCGCAAGAAGCAUGAACGUAAACUCAACAAGAUGUACCAGAUGGCAAUGACCAACACAGCUGCCUCCAACAGAAUCCUAGCUCAACACAAAGACCUCACAAAUAUCCUGGAGGGUGCAACCUUGCGAGAUGUGCGCGACUUUUGUUGUGAGCCCCGAGAACUGUCUGUAUUUGACGUGCCAGGGAUGGAUCUACAGGCCUACUACAGACGGAUCACCGAUCCUCGGCAUGCACUUGAAGCUCAACACCCUGGGGGUCGGAUCCUGGAGGCCCCUGGUGCCACCCAGCCCCGGUCACUUCCCUCUAGCGCCGGAAGCAGGAAACUCACCCCCAUCGAUAGAACUGGCAGCAGAAAAAGCUCCAAGACUAAGAAAAAGAAGACCCCUGAGGCAUUGGAAUACAAACAGCCCAUGCCAUUAUCCUUUGAUGAAAUCUUUACCCGGGAAAAAACAUUGGAGCCCAAGUGUGUCAGCACUUUGUGGACCAACUACAUGCAUGCUGGGAAAAGUGCAUUUGCAGCACAUUCAUAAUUUAUUCCCAAACACUCCUGAUUUAUUGUACAUUGUAUAUUAUCGAUCAACUUUCAACAUUUGUUUGUUCAGUUUAAAUUAUUUCAACUAUCAAAUGUCCUUUACGUUUUACUCAUUGAAUAUUAUAUGUUGACACUUAUCUUGUUGUAAACAAAAUCCUUUUCAAACUUAUGUGUUACUUAAAAAUGUAUUUGAUACCAAAUCAUAUUGAUUUUGGCAUCAUUACCGAUAAUAAUGUUUCUGAUGUAUUUUAAGUUUUUUACUGUCCACAAGAAAUGUGUGUUUAAAUUCAACAUUUAAUAUUUGUUAUUUUGUGCUAGUGAAGUCUUAGUGUUGUAUUGCAUGCCACUUUGAGUUGUUUUCGUAUCUGUGAUACUACAUGUAAUAAUAGUAUUUUUGACGCUAAUUUUAAAUAAACAUGAAACAUCCCAA